AUGCACGUCCUCACCUGCAUCGCUGCCCUCGCGGCCCUCUCCCAAGCGGCUCCUAUUCGCCCCGAGUUCACCUUCGCCUAUGAAUUCCCACCAUUGCCCUUCCCUACCGCCGUCAACGUAGCCCCUCUCGUCAGCCCCAGUCCCGACCAAGAGGGGUCUCUGGUUGCGCGGGCAUACACGACCACCGCUGCCCGUGCCGCUCGGCAGUAUACCGCCGCCGGCGCCCAGACCACCGCGGAUUCCGCCGUUGCACCGAGUUUCCCGACCCCGACACCAGCUCAGUCGUCUUUCGCGGCUGCAGGCGGCGGCGCAGGCGCAGGCGUUAAUGCUCCUGCUGGCCCUCAGCCUCCCAGCGACGCCACUGCAUUUUCCACCGGCGGUCGUCAAGCCUCGUCCACAAAUGACCCUUCGACACCGUCCGGAGGAAACGCUGGUACAAGCGCGGCUGGUGAAGGCUCUGCUAGGCUUCCCGCCGGUGGGACCCCAGCAGUUCCGAUCCCGAUGAACAUCAAUGUUUACGGCCAAGGCCAAGGCCACGGCCAAAUGCAGGGCGCUGGACCCGGACGUUCACCCGUAGGCUUUGGUUCAGCCAGUGCUGGCGGAAGCUUCACGUUUGGCCCCUUCGCAUCCGGGAUGCACGUUGAUGUUUACGGCCAACGCCAGGACGAUGCCGUGCCCGGUUCAUUCGGGGUUGGUGCACCGGGUACGGCUGGAAGUUCGACUGUUGCCUCUUCCGCAUCCCAGAACGCUAACUCUCAGCAUCAAGGCGACUCCCCCGGUGACGGCCUGCUGGGUGGUCUUGGUCUUCGUGGCCGCAGAACCGGCACUGGUGGACUCGGCGCUCGGCAGCUCCCGAGCAGCUUCUUUUCCGGACUUUCGGGGACCGCUGACAACCAGGAUAACGGGCAAGCUGGUUCCAACGGUCCUUUCGGAAACCCGUUCGGCGGGCUUGGGGGACCUGGUAGCCAGGGUGGUGGGCUGAACGGACCGGCUUCCUCUACUGGAAGUCUUCUUGGUGGUUUUGAUGGCUCUGACGACCGGGAUACCCCGACCGGCGCCGUGAGACCCUUCGCCGGUCAGGUUGGUGGCGCUACCGCUGGCAAAGAUGACGGACAACAGAACGGUCCUGCUGCGGGCGCUGGGGGCUUAGCUGGUGUUCUUACACGUGGCGACAGUGUUAAUGCCCGCGGGCAACUUCCGGCGACCCGCCCUGCUGCUGGAUUCCCGACUGGAAUGCCGGUCCCUUCGCCUCUAGACGUUUUUACUAGCCUACAGUCUGCGGGUCCUCAGGGUGGUUCUGCGUGA